AUGUACUCAAAAAUGUAUGGUGAGGAUGUCAGGUUCAAUCCACAGCUAGCAAACGCAGUUGCAGCAGCGACAAAAGCAAGCGUCCCAAAGUCAUUGAUCGAAGGGGCCAUUGCACGAGGCCAGGGCCGCUCUGCAACCGGCGCACAGCUUGAGCCUAUGACCAUGGAGAUUCUCAUGCCGCCCAAUAUUGCUCUGGUUGCUGAUAUUGAGACGGAUAACAAAACACGCAGCUUACACGACCUCAAGUUUGUAGUCAAAAAGGCUGGUGGUCUCGUGGGAUCAACAGCCUUUUAUUUCUCGAGACGCGGGCGUGCGGUGUUCAAACCUAGGGAUGGUGGCCCGUCUCUAACAGACGUACUAGAGGAGGCGAUCGAGCACGACGGUACCGAGGAUGUCGAAGAGCACCCUGAUGGCGGGUACCUGAUUUGGACGGAGCCAUCCAAGCUCAUGGCCAUCACCGAGGCCAUUUCCAAGCGGUUUGAGCUCGAGGUUGUCGAGUCCGAGAUCAUGUGGGCUGCGAACGAAGACACCAAGGCCGACGUCGACUCGGCUGAGUUGGUGGAGAGCUUGAAUACUUUGCUUUCCGGCCUUAGGGAAUAUACCGAAGUCAGAGCACUCUUUGCCAACAUUCGCCAAGGCACCAUCGCGGACGACGAAUGGGACAAGCUGGAGAGGCACAUUGAUAUAUAA